UACAUUUGGAUUAUCGAGUGCUUUAAAUGCAUUAUUGAUACCGUGGAGAAAGAAAGAAAACACGCACACACACAUCCGAUGAAAUAGUCGAAUAAGUCAUAAAUCAAGCUCAUUCCAUCUCUAGCCAAACUUUGGUGUAAAAUCAUACAGAAUGCAGAUGAAAGGUUGGAAUUUGACUUCAGUUUUGUUGCUGUUGCCUGUCCUGAAUUGUACAAUACUCAGAUUACCAGAUUGUGGUAAAUUCGAUGGAGCUUGGACGAAAUUCUAUCCAGGAAAAGUCUUACGAAAAAGUAAACAUUCGCUUGUUCAUCAUGUUACCUUUGAACAGUGUGUUGAAAAAUGUAUGUUCUAUCCUAAAUGUAAAAGUAUCAGUUUAAAAGACGAGGAAAAGAUGUGUAUGAUACAUCACAGCCGACAUAAUGAAAAUGGAACAAACCUGGAAGUGGAGAAAGGCUGGACUCAUGUUGAAACAGAUGAUACUUUAAGAAAUCUUGGUGCUUACUGUCAAGUAAACCAACCAUGUCAACAUGGGAGAUGUAAAGAUACAUGCGAGCCAAAACAAUAUAAGUGUCAGUGCGACAGUAAGAACAUAUUACUCCUUCUAACCAUGUCUUUUUCUGUAAAUUUGCGAAUGUGAUGUGACUAUUUAACCUUGUAGUAAUGUAGG